AUGGUCGAUACCGAGUCUUCGGGCCCUCAACGGGCACCAGUUCCUGCUGCACAAGGUACCCCAGUCGCACUGGCUGCGACGGGCCCUUCGCCGCUUGGGGAGUCUGAUGUUGUCCAAGACAACGCCGUGGUGGUUGGUGACGCUCUCGGGGCGGACAAGGACCAGGGGGUAUCGACGCUCCCUACUCGGCAGGACACCACGACAUCUGGCUUCGACCCGGCGGAUCCGAUGAACUUUGGACGUCAUCGGCGAGAGAACAUCAGCACCAAGCAGAUGAAAGUUGAGCAUCCUGAUGGAAACAAGAGACAGCUCAAGAAGUACUACAGCCGGCAGAACAAGCUGAUCGACCAGUUCCUGGGGGCUGAAGAUGAAGAGCGUAACACAGUGGAGGAAGAUGCGCGGUAUAAGCCAAAGAUCAAGUUUGCGGUGAACGCAUCGUUCGUUGUCAACUUUUGUCUCUUUGUCAUCCAGAUGUAUGCUGCUAUAUCGACAGGAUCGCUUUCGCUGUUUGCGACUGCGGCGGAUGCGUUUAUGGACCUGGUAUCGUCCUUUGUGAUGCUGAUCACAUCCAGGCUUGCGGCCCGGCCGAGCAUCUACAAAUAUCCAGUAGGACGAAAAAGGAUUGAGACGUUGGGCAUCAUUCUCUUUUGCGCACUGAUGACCACUGUCUCGAUUCAGCUUCUCAUCGAAUCUGCGCGUAACUUGGGUUCGGGAGGAGAGCACGAAGCUGAGGGUCUCCAUAUCAUUCCGCUCACCUUUGUGGGUGUUGCCAUUUUUGCCAAGGGCAGCUUGAUGAUCUACUGCCUCUUCUACCGGAGGUUCCCAACAGUUCACGUCUUCUUUGUCGACCAUCGAAACGACAUUGUGGUGAACAUUUUUGGGCUGGUGAUGUCGAUAGUAGGUGACAAGUUUGUGUGGUACCUUGAUCCGAUUGGUGCCAUCCUGAUUGCCCUCCUGAUUCUCUUUUCGUGGGCUUCGAAUGCCUUUGAGCAAGUCUGGCUCCUGGUUGGAAAGUCAGCGCCCAAGGAGUUCAUUGCGAAGCUCAUCUACAUGACCAUGACACACGACGACAGGAUCGUCAAGGUAGACACGUGUCGGGCAUACCAUGCUGGUCAGCAUUACUAUGUCGAGCUGGACAUUGUAAUGGACGAAGACACGCCCUUGAGGAUUUCCCAUGAUGUUGGGCAGACGCUGCAGCGAAAACUCGAAGGGUUGGCGUUGGUCGAGAGAGCAUUUGUGCAUGUCGACUAUGAGCACGCCCAUAAUGUUCACGAAGAGCAUAAACCGUUGUACGAAAAGCCGACGCCCAAGGACAUCCUCUUGUUCAGGAAACCCGCCAUGGAACAGGGAGAGGCGAAUGCGUCAAUCGGGCAGUGA